AUGGCGUCUAAGUCAAGCGUAGCGGCUCAUGCAAGUUACACAUCCAAACUAUCGAUUGAAGAUCGAAUGGCCCUCGUUGUUAAGCGAGUGGGUGAGGUUAAGGGAUUGGUUCGUAGGAGCCCCCUUUACUGGGAAUCUAUAGAAUUGUUAGCGAAAGACGAGGGUUCACGAGGCAUAUUCUAUGCACUUCCAGAUGAUUGUAAGCUGGAUUAUCUAAAACGAAAGUUCAUGGUCAAAAAAAGAGAAAAAAGAAAGUUAAUGGUCACCAAGAGGGAACUGGAAGAGUCUGACUCCGAUGACGAAUCCGAUGACGAAUCGGAUUACGAAUCCGAAUGA